AUUUAUUUUAUUCAAUUACAGCACACCCCACACCAAAGGUAAGCUCCACGCUGAAAAAAGUGCCAUUCUUUGGCAUGGCAGGGGGUAGAAGAGGGCCAAGUAGAGCAUCCUACUGCAGAACACCACUCAAUGAAUCUGGAACAUUAGGGGGCUCUAGCUAUUCCUCCAGCUCGCCCAUUACCGGAGUACGAUCAAGAACCAGGAGUGGCUCAGGAACUGGCUUGACAAGCCCUCCCCUUGCAACCCAGACCGUGAUCCCUCUGAAACACUGUAAGAUUCCUGAACUACCUCUUGAGAAAGGCAUUCUGUUUGAGCUUCACCUUCUCUUCUGCCACCUUGUAGCUUUGUUUGUUCAUUACAUCAACAUCUAUAAAACAGUGUGGUGGUAUCCUCCAACGCAUCCACCUUCAUUUACAUCACUGAAUUUCCAUCUGAUUGACUACAAUUUAUUAGUCCUCGCUAUUAUUGUGUUGGCCCGUCGUCUUAUAAUUGCAGUUGUAAAAGAGUCCACCAGCUGGUCCGAAGAGUAUAUGUGGCCACAAGGGGUGUUAGUAAAACAUAAUAAGAAUGUGUACAAAGCAAUGGGAAACUACAAUGUCGCAAUCCCUUCAGAUGUUUCACACUUCAGAUUCUAUGUAAGUAUGAAAGUUCCCCAACCCUCUGCAGAGAGCAUCUUCCAAACCCACAACCACUACCAACUAGAAGGACAGGAGCAACAGGAACUUGGGAACACCACUACCUGCAAGUUCCCCUCCAAGCCAUUCACCAUCCUGACUUGGAAAUGUAUGACUGUUCCUUCAAUGUUGCUGGGUCAGAAUUCUGGAACGCCUUCUGUAACAUCAUGUGAUCCACUGGCACCACAUAGACUGCAGCAGUUCAAGAAGGCUCACCGUGAUUUUCUGAAGACCAACUAGGGAUGAUCGAUAAAUGCUGGCCAGCCAGCGAUGUCUCCAUCAUGUGCAAGAAGAAUGAAAAAAAAGUCCCUCUGCAGAAUCUCUUUCCUAGUCAAUCUCAUGUGUUUGGUGCAUAUAUGAAACAUGACUACUGGAUCCUUUCUCUCUCACUCAAAGCACUCUUCAGCCCAGAAGAGAUGUCCUGAUACUUUGCACUAAGUUGGCAACACAGCCUUCGGGAUUCUCUCUCAUUGCUGCUAAGAACAGUAGCUAUUCCCCAACCCCAUUUUCUCAUAUUGCUGCUAUAUUUUGAUUGUCCCUCAAUUUGCAUGGCUGUCUGUACCACAAUGCUGUGGUCAGUUCGUUCAUCCUCCCUGCACUCGUUCACACAGGGAGCAAGAACCUCAUAUUAUUGGACAAGGAUGCUGGCUAAGGCCAAUCCACAGGUAAAGUCUGGAUUCCAAUACCUUCCUCCUUUGCACUCAUACCCUUCAGUUAUAAGGAUAAAUUGGAGAAGUUGGGACUGUUCUCCUGGAGAGGAGAAGAUUGAGGAGAUUCGCUAGAAGGUCUAAAAAUCAUGAGUGAGCUGGAUAGAUAGAUAGGAAGUACCUGUUCCCACUCGUAUAAGGAAAAGAACAUGAGCACUGAUUUGAAGUGAUGUGAAAAAGCAACAAGGGUGAAGUGAGUAAAAACAUUUUCACUUAACGAGUUGUUAGAGUAAGGAAUGCCCUGCCUGAAAGCAUAGUGAAGGCAGUUUCAGUUGAGGAAUUCAAGAGGGCAUUGUAUGGUUAUUGGCUACAAGGGAAUUAGAAUAAAGUAGAAAUUUGGUACAGAGGGAUAAUGCUCAUUUAAUGAGCCUGUGCCAGUAUGAUGGGUUGAAUGGCCUUCUGAACCAUAAUAUUUCUAUGAUUCUGACCAUUGCACAAACCAAAUUUGACAUAAUUAAUCUCAGGGGUAUGACUAUCUUCUGAAAGGUAGUGUCCAAGUAAUUCUUCUCCCGCCUAAUAUGUCAGAGUAUCCAUAGCUCGGACUCCAGUACAUCAGCUCUGAGCUGAAAUUCCUCAAGCAACCAAUACUUACUGCAGAUGUGGUUUCCAUGGAUCAUACUGGAGUCCAUUAGCUCAACAGAUAGCUGCCUGCCCAGCCAUCUGUAUCCUAUUCAAUUAAUUAAUUACAAUGUUAAAUACUUCAAAAGUGAAUUUCCUAACUGUACCCUUCAGCUGUAAUAUUAUCUCCUGAUUAAAACCACUUAGCCACUAAGAAGAGUCAGAGAUGAAAUACUAAGCACUCACAUACUUCCUCUCCUGUGAGUCAACUUUGGCUCUGGCAGAUGGAAACAAUUUGAAAGGUGUCUCUGCUGCUGGAUUUAUCUCGAGUUGAUGCUAUUUUUCUAACACUGAUCUGCUCUCCCAACCUUUUUCACAACGGCACUUGCUGCAUACACCUCCCAGACUGCAACACAGUGACACUGGCUUACUGCACUCUCCACCCUGUCUCAUUGGCCCAUUUAAGAUUCGUUUUUUUUGGAGUAUGUCAGUUUCAAACUGAGCAUAGAAUUUAAUGAUAUUUUGAUUACUAUUUCCUAGUGGAUCCUUUGCUACAACAUCACUAAUGAACAUUUGCUCAUUACAAAGUACUUAUAAGAUAUUAUAAGGUAGUUUUAUCCCUCAGCAGUUUCACGAUGCAAUGCUCCAAGCAACUGUCAGUAAAACAUUCUACCAUCUCACUUUCUUGCCUACUCUUCCUAUGAAGAAUAAAGUCCCCCAGAAUUUUUAGAUUGCCUUUGUUACAAGUACCAAUAAAUUCAUUUCUCUGUCCACCAGUGUAACUACUGUUAGGGAACUGUAAACUUUUCUUCAUCUUUUCCAAAUUUCUACCAUGCUGAACUUCUGCGUCCAGAUCCUUUUCCUUAUGUCAUUGUUUACUAUCAGGGUUACCCUUUCUUCUUUGCUAUUCUGUUCAUCUUUCGGAAAUAUUGUGUACCUGGGAAUUUUUCAUUUCUCAAUCUUAAUCACUUUAUAACUAUGUAUUUCUGGUGCUUAGAUCUGAAUAAUUUCUGUUUGUGCCAUUAGUUCAUCUGUUUCAUUGCAGAUGCUUCAAACAUUCAGAUAAAGAACCUUUAAUUUUGUUGUUUGCUUCUGUUGCCAGCAAAGACAAUAUUUGCUUUUGUACAACUUUUGUUAAAUUCUCUGUCGUUUUCUGCCUCACUCUGUCCAUGUUUAUUCAUAUAGCUGUACUGUUCUGAUAUGCAAACCUUUCUCUUUGGAUUUCUAAGCCUCCCUUCAACUGAACCCCCAUCCCUCAACCCAGUUUAAACUCCCUCCCUUGGGGUUGGCUUAUGAGGAGAGGCUGUGUAGAUUGGGAUUAUAUUCAUUGGAAUUCAGAAGAAUGAGGGGGGAGUCU